AUGGCUGACGUCAAGAACGACGACGUUGUCGGCUUCCCUAAGGAAGGAGAUGACAAGAUCCGUUCCCAUUCAUUGUCUUCAUCGCCCCAGUACAACGCAGAUCCGCAAGCCCCAUCUUCUUCUGAAGGAGAUCAAUUUCAUCAAGUCAUCGACUUUCCCCAAUGGCUCCUCGACCACUGCGUGAUCACGUCCAACCAGUGGGGUAAGCUUUACGAUCCGCUUGUUCUACGAUACCCUCCCUAUAACGACACGGAGCGAGAGUCCGACGAUGACGAGGAUAUGGAGUACAUUCACAUGCCCACGCCAACAUAUCAAGUGGCUGCUGUCGUGUUCGAGCCAUUGAUGGGCUUGUUUCGCAGAGAUCCCGACACCGAGAUUGAUGGCAUUGCCCACAGCGGCGUCAAGUUCAAUCAAAGUAUCGUUCGGCUUCAAAGUUACAUGUCUGCAGCGGUUGAAUCAACUGCCACGUUCCUCAGGGAGGUCGUGAAGCAGCUUGCAAUGGUGUCCGGCAGCGAUCUGAUAACUCUCACCCAAGACGACCUCGAAGACCUGGCGGAUAUCUACGCACUGCCAGAACAGGGUGGGUGUAGCAUAUGCAGCGAUAGUUCUGGUGCUUCUGGAGAUAACGACUUUCGAGGCAACUACCUCGAUGUUCUGCUUAGAAGAGGACCGCCUUCUCCUACUCUACCACCACCGCCGCCGCCGCCGCUGCCGAUGAAAGGCAAUGGAGGGCAUCAUUCCCCCGUAGUUGCAGUGGAUAUUGUUUCGCCUGCAGAUGAGCCUCCCGCAGGUGAGCCUUCAGCGGAUGAAGACUCGGCUUCUGAUCGUUCUGAAUUGGAAGAAGAGGACACGCAGAGUGUGGCUUCCCAUGAAGAAAUCAUUCCUCUGUCUGUACUUCUGCGUGCUCCAUACGCGAAGAAGGCGACCAUUACUCGGAUCCAACCCCUCAUCGUUCAUCUGUUCAUAGGCCGCAAUUUCCUCCAGCCAUCACUCUUGGCGGACUUGCGACGAGCGAUAUCCGACUUUCCCUACCCAGACAAGAUUCUUCUCAUCGUCACUACGGAGUCCGGCCCGUGUAACCCCACGUACGAGCCAGGCGUACCUCGACCCUCUCGCGAGCAGCUUCCCACUGCGUUCGCACGUUUCAUGGAAGUGACACCUAUUCGAUGCACCAGGCAGGAAGCCUUGAUAAAAAAGGAUGGCAAACUCGAACUGCUGUCUCGUAACAUCAGGGCUUUGCAGAGGAUGAUGCGUCGGGACAACUCGCUCGAUUUGGACAGCCAUUUAUUGGUUCCACAUGACAAAUGGCACUUCUACGGUGCUUCAAAUGGAUUGUUCGCGAAAACCUCGGUCAGAUACGACCUUCUAAGGGGGCUGCUCCAAAACAUCGGCCAACCGCUCAGCGAGGAUCGAAUUAGGCGCGCCGUUUUGGGCUACGCUGAAUAUCUGGACAACAUCCGGUCAUGGAAGGACUUUCACACGAAAGACACGCCUCUCAAGUCGGCUUCUUUGCCUACACAUGCACCAGUACAGGCACAACCUCCCGCUGGAAAUGCGAAUGGAGGAAGCAAUCUUACCUCUCGCCCAACUCCUCCCUCUGCCCCUAGACUUCAACUGGACCCCCGCACCGACGUCGACUACUUAAUCGAGAAGCCCCUCGCUAAGGAAUGGAGAAAGUUUUCGCCUGCCGUACAAAAGGUCAUUCGCCAGGUCCUCCGUCGAGAGCAACGACUGAGCGGUCCAUGGUAUAUCCAUGGUCGCGAGCGACAGUGGCUGUCUUUUCUGGUCGCUCCCAAAGAUGCAGAGCUUGGCUGGAGCGAUAUUGCGAUGGAUUCGAAAGUCGAAGACGCCGUCAAGAGCAUCGUAUCUAGGCACAACGCCGCUGCGGCAUCAUCAUCGUCCUAUGGGGUCUUGCAACGCUACCAUGUCGGGGGCGUACUGCUGUACGGCCCUCCCGGGACCGGAAAGUCGCAUCUCGCUCAAGUCUUAGCCCGAGAGUCUGGGUCCAAUGUCAUUCUCAUCCGUUUUGGCGAUGGGGAUCCAACAGACGUGAGCGGGCUCUUCAACCUGGGAAGAUUGCUAGCCCCAUGCAUCAUCUUCAUUGACAACGCAGAGUUGCUGCUUGCGUCAGACGACAAGAACCAUGAGUUUGAGUAUCGAGAAACGCUGGCCGAGAUAGACCGAGCAUGCAAGUCUAAAGAUGGGCCUUUGAUCAUCCUGUCGACCAACUCACCUGGCGCAGUUCACCCAGGUCUCCUUCGCCGCGCUCCUAAUCGCAUCCACAUGGGACUCCCAUCCUCACAAGUGAGGACAGAACACUUCCGCAUCAUGCUGCGAGGCGAAAUUCUCCAUUCAGAUAUCAGUCACCUUCACUUAUCACACUUCACAUGGCGCUUCUCGGGGGAAGACAUCCGCACACUCUGUCUCCAAGCCGUCAUAGCGUGCAACACCACUGUGGCAGACGGCGAUAACAAGGGAAAGAGGCUGUUGACGCAGGCUCUAUUCAGGGAAGCCCUAAAGAAGGUCCGCCCAAGCACGUCUUCGGCUAUACUUGCUGAAAUACGCAAGUUCGCAACAGAGCAUGAUCCAGCGGCUCUGGAAGGCAUGGAAACUCUGGGCGCAGAGCAGCGUACGGAGACGGAGGAUUCAUUCGUGGAUGUGCAGGUUCCCGUGUGA